CAUCUCUUCCUUGCGUUUCUUCCUCUGAUUUAUUCUCGUCCCUCAUCACCUGGUAGCUUCCCUCUCUGCCUGCCCUCUUCCUGUUGUCCUCCCUUACCAUUUCCUGUCUUCUGCUACUUCGUUAUUUUUUUUUGACGUUCUCUCGUUGUGACCAAUAUAUCCGCUCGAAAAAGGAACAAAGCGAAAAAAAAAGACUCGACGCCGACGUGGUAUCAGCAUGCGUCGGGCUGUGGCGAAAGUGCCCACCGCCAUCGCCGGCGGAUGUCGUGCAUCAUCUGCGCGGAGCGUCGGAGAGAGGCUCGGUUGUCGCCGAGCGUCAGCUGCGGAGAGAGGCGGGGCCGUGGGGGUUCGAUGUUCCGACCUGCUUGCGGGGAGGCCGCGCGAGUCGGUGAGGGGCGGCGAUCGGCUCUUUCACACUAGCGGAAGCGGCGACUGUGACGUGGCGCGUGGGGAAAGCGCGGAAGCCGCACGAGGGGAUGUCGGGGGGGCAGUUGCGCGGCUGCGCAGCCGCGGGGUAGCGCGGCUGAGUGGGCGGGAUCUUCUCAACUUCCUCCAGGGCUUAGUCAGUAAUGACGUGUCUGGUUUUGCGCGCGGGAGGGUGUCCGCCUCCUCUUCCUCCAGUCCUUCCUCUGCCGGUCCCGAUGCCGCCUCUGCGCUUCCCUCCCCGAUCCCGACGCCUAACGUGGCCUCGUCGCCAGAUCCGGUCAUCUACGCGACCGCGCUAACUCCGCAGGGUCGCUUUCUGUACGAUCUGUUUCUCUACGGUGAACCAAGCGGUCACCUUCGGCUUUCCCGAUCAGGAAACGGUCCUGCACUGGGCACCAGUCCAGACGAGCCCAUUCUUUUUGCGGAUGUCGAUCGAGCGACGGUGGACGAGCUUCUCAGCCAUUUGAAAAAGUACAGAUUGCGCGCUAAAGUUGGAAUCGAAGAUGUUUCUGAUGACUUUGCGGUGUGGGCAAGUUUUGGCGGGAAGCUGAAGUCGGUUGGCGGGAGUGGUGCUGAUGAUGAUAAGAAGAUCGCGGGAAGCAUCGGUUGGGGAGCGGAGGUCGAUGCAGCUGGAGUUGCGUCUGCCAAGGCUACGGCCACAGGAUGGACCUGGGUGAGGGAUCCGCGGUUGGGAUCCCUGGGGUUCAGAGGGAUCUUCCCGGCAAAGGAGAGGCCUCCGUCAGCGGACGCAGACAAGGAGGUGGGGGAGGAGAGGUAUCGACUCUGGCGCUACGAAAACGGGGUUGCGGAGGGCCCUGCCGAAAUUGAGAAAGGUGAAGCAUUUCCUCUGGAAUAUAAUUUGGAUCAGCUUAAUGCCAUCAGCUAUGAGAAGGGCUGUUAUGUCGGCCAAGAGUUAACGGCAAGGACGCAUCAUCGAGGGGUUGUCCGCAAACGCCUUGUACCAUUACGGUUGGAACAACCCUCUGGUUCAGGCAAUCUGCAAUCUGUGUCGGCAGCGAUCCAUGCCACAGGCGAUGUGGGAGUUCUAGAUGUGGUCACAGGGAAGCAAGUCGGGCGAGUCGUAGCUUUGGAGGGCAAGACUGGCAUCGGCAUUUUGCGGCUUCAGGCGGCUUUUCGCGAAGAUGCGCAGCUUAAGCUUGAGCCAUCGGAAUUGACACAAGUUAGGGUCAUACCAAGUCGCCCGUCAUGGUGGCCAGAGCACUGGGGCAAUGAAGAGAAGGAGACGAGCGCAUAAAUAGAGUGCGGCGAUGAGGGAAGAUGUUGCUAAGACAGAAGCGUGGAGGAGC